UUCCUGUAGACGGCCGCGGGUGGGGGGGCCUCCAAGGGCGGCUGCUGUCACAGCUUUUACGGCGUGGUGCCGCAAAGCGCUUGAGUGUGGCAGUCUGAGCAACCUGUCGUCCGGACCCUAGACCUGCUGGUGGUGAAGUAUGUCAUGUAUAAAAGUGGAUUAAUUCCAUGUUAAGUGAAAAUGGCCAAUUCUUUACGAGGAGAAGUACUGGCUCUUUAUAAAAAUCUGCUGUAUCUUGGACGGGACUAUCCAAAAGGAGCAGACUAUUUUAAAAGGCGUUUGAAGAACGUUUUCCUUAAAAACAAGGAUGUGAAGGACCCAGAGAAGAUCAAAGAACUUAUUGCACGAGGAGAAUUUGUAAUGAAGGAGCUUGAGGCCUUAUACUUCCUUAGAAAAUACAGAGCUAUGAAGCAGCGUUACUAUUCAGAUACCAAAAACUGACCACUCAUUGCCACCAGCCUAGCUGACAAUCAAUGCCAGCUGUUUGCCUGUACCAACUAUUAUAAAGUAAUUCAAUUUAAAAGAGCAAGAUACAUGUUUUUAAAAAACAAGUUGCCAUACUGUACAACUGUAGGUUUCGACCUUAUUGAUACUGAGAGCUCUGCCCAUAAUCCUUUUAUUAUUGAAAUAGUAACUUUAGCACCUUUCAUGAAAAUACAAUUUUGAAAGAAACUACACAUAAUUUUUCAACAUGUUAUAUCCAAUUAUUUUUAGUCUAUUUCUUCAUUUACUAAUGAGAUUGCCAUUAGCAAAUGGUGCUUGACAGGCUUGCCCUUUAGCUUGUCUUUGUUUUUUCUUGUUACCCCAUCUAGUAUACUGAAGUGCAUAUUCAAGACUCUCUUCAGACACCUCAAAUGAUUUAAAUGCAGUUAUCAAAAUAAGACAUGUGAAGGUGACUUUGAUCUUGAGAUGCUCAGCAGGCGACUAGCAUUAUGUGGCUGUUAUUCCCAUUAUUCUUUGGGCUGCUGGCCUGCCUUAAGUUUGGAAUCACUUCAACUAGCUUUCAGGAGGAGUGGUAAUGUUCCUCUGUUUCUGCCAUUAAAGCUGGUAUAUUUUGUGUCUACCUGUAACCAAGUUCAUGUGACAGCAGACCUAACCCAGAUAGGACUAUAAGUUUAAGCAAACACUUAAAUGUUUAUGUAAUGUUCUUAGCAACUUUAUAAAUAAAGAACAUUUCUAACUUAAAAGCUG